CAGCAUGCAAUAUAAUUCGAAGAAGAAUAAUUUCAUAAAGUUCUCAGAAGGCAGAAUAUAAGACUGUUGUUGUUGUUUACUUUUUUCUAAUUUAUUUACUGUUAAGGUGCUUUAUUGUAACCUACAUGAUGUCAUCUGUCACAGCUAACGGGAAUUGUAACGACGUAGCAGUGGAUAAGGAACAUCCCCGCCUGCUCAUCCCUGAACUGUGCAGACUCUUCUAUCAGCUGGGAUGGGUAACAGGAACAGGAGGUGGAAUCAGCCUUAGACAUGGGAAUCACAUUUAUAUCGCCCCCUCUGGAGUUCAGAAGGAAAGAAUACAACCAGAGGACAUGUUUGUGUGUGACAUUGAGGAACAGGACAUCAGCACUCCUCCUGCAUGCAAAAACCUAAAGAAGAGCCAGUGCACACCGCUGUUCAUGAACGCAUACACCAUGAGGGGAGCUCAAGCGGUCAUCCAUACACACUCCAAAGCCGCCGUCAUGGCCACCUUGCUGUUUCCUGGCAAAGAGUUUCGCAUCACACACCAAGAGAUGAUCAAGGGGAUUCGCAGAGGAAACUCAGGCUCAAAUUUCAGGUACGACGAGACGCUGGUGGUACCCAUCAUCGAGAACACACCAGAGGAAAAGGACCUGAAGGAGCGCAUGGCCAGAGCUAUGGAGGAGUACCCAGAAUCCUGUGCUGUGCUCGUCAGACGGCACGGAGUCUACGUGUGGGGGGACAGCUGGGAGAAAGCCAAGACCAUGUGCGAAUGUUACGACUACCUGUUUGACAUCGCUGUGCAGAUGAAGCAGUGCGGUUUAGACCCAUCCGCACUUCCCACCGAAGCUAAAGGCAUUAUUUGAUCUGACUCACUGCUGAUGUCUGGAUGACGCUCACAUUUCUGUUAGGAGAAGCAGACAAUGAGGCACAAAAUUGAAUACCGUUAAUCAGAAACAUUCAGUCUUCACCAAUCAGAUAUCAGCCGACACGAUGCACGAUACUUCUCACAAAUAUAAUUACGAAUAUUUCGUGAUUAAGGACGAUAAAGAGAUCUCUGAUUGACUGCGUGCUCACAGCAGCCUCUAAAGUGACACAUGAUAGAAAAAUGCAUCCUAAUUUUUAGGGGUUAAAAACAAAAAUAACGUCUUGUACUAUUUUGUAAUGUGCCUGAUGAUAUAUGAAUACAUGAUUCACUAUGACAUUAAAGGACAUGCCAUUUGGAAAUUCCUGUUAUGCCAUUAAAAAAAAAUGUGUGAUUUUUCUUAGAAUGAAAAGAAUGUCAAGGGUUUUCUGCCACACACAGAAAACCCUUUAUCCUAUUAAAGCAUUCCAUUCCAUCA